AUGCCAGCUCAGAUGGCUUCCGAAGAUGAAGCCAGCCAGGUACCUGGAACCAGCCCUUGGAGACUGACUGUACGUACCGCAACGGUGGACGAUAUUACCCGGCCAUCGCUUUCAUUGCAUACCGACGCUUCAUACUUGAGUCCUGUCGUGCGUUCGAGGUCAAUAUCAUCUCUACGAAGCCCAGCACCCUCAGUUGAAAUGGAAGAACUAAUGGAUGAUAUCUUUCCCCACGAGGUGACUGUACGGGUGACGACAAGAUGGUCGGCAGGAGUACCUCAGACUCCAAAUGUGUUCAGCAAUUUUCCAUGGAUAGAGAAGGGCCGUUACGAAGACCUAUUGCCAGCACAACCCACCAGGAGAAGACGAGACACCAGUCCGGAUUCAAGGUAUUUGAAGAUUUAUCAUCGAUAUGGCUCCAUUAGAAUUACUUCAUCGCCAGAACUUGAUGAGGAUGAGGAAGCGCCACACCAUCAUCUGCUCGACGAUGCUGAGAGCUCAACAUUAUUUGAUAAAGCUAUUCAGCUCAUUUGUGGCUUUAUACACCAUCACCCACACCGAAAAUUCGCGCUGGAAAUCCACUGGGAAUGUGAUUGGGUUUGCGACCCAAAACCCAUCCGAGCUCUGGGUGGUAGCGAGCCAUCCAAUUCCAAAUUCAGAAAGUCGUUACUCAAUAAGUGCCAGAAAAAUUUUCAGGACCAAGAAUACAUAUCCCGCCGAGAUCAGUCUGCCUUUCAGGAAUAUGAAGUGGUUAAAGAUCUGGUCUAUCAUGACCACUCACUUUCUCAUCUAGGCGACGAUGGAAAGGAAGAUUUGGUCGACAAGAUAAUAAUCGAACCUUCAGCAUUGAAGUUACUGCUGAACUGUGUUCUUUCUGGUUUCCCCUUGGAAGUACUCCAUCAUAUCAUUUUUGUUCACGGAGCUCACGAUCAAACACAACAACAACCCGACAUAAGGAACUGUGAUCACGAAGACUGUUCGACAUAUGUUCCCGUGAUAUGGGCCAAGCGCACCAUGUUCCAUGUGAGAAAUAUCGAACGGGACUUUGGGCACCACUUGCUUCCCAACUCAGAGGUCGUACCAUUGCAGUACACGGGAAAGGACAAUAGGGCUGAAAAACUUGGCGAUGGUGCAUCGGGCAACGUAUACAAGGUCCGCAUCGACUCUGCACACCAUUAUCUUUCCGGGGACCCACUGUGUUCUUUUGCUCUCAAAAAGUUCUCUGCUGGUCGUCAAAAGGAGUUUGAUCAGGAGAGGAGUAUGCUUAAAGUCCUUGCGGACAACCCACAACCUUGUAUUGUGCCCCACAUUACAAGCUGGUCACAGAAGGAUGAUCAUUUUAUAUUGUACCCUAAGGCAAGAUACAAUCUGAGGCAAUUCAUGCAAAAUGUUGAGCCGGUUAAAUUCACGAGACAUGAAACCUUAUGGUUUCUCAAGCAGCUAGAAGGCUUGGCGCUUGCUAUCGCCCAUGUUCACGACAUGAAAAUUCCUACAAAUACCCAACCCGAGCCAUCGGAAGGUACCUUCUGGGGCUGCCAUUUCGACAUUAAGCCUGAAAACAUCCUCGUCUUCGAGAAAGUCCAUGGUCAGCAUCCCAGGUUCAGAAUUGCAGACUUUGGGGUGGGUGUCUUUCAUCCUGCGGGCAAAAAAGGGGCGCACUCUGAACUAACGUCAGAAGCGCAUGGCACGGUGACUUAUUUUGCACCAGACAAGGAAAUCACUAACAAAGUUUCGCGGCCCUUUGAUAUGUGGGCUUUGGGUUGUGUAUAUUUGGAAUUGAUGGCUUGGUUGUUCGGCUUCUUCCAAGGAAUCGAAGGCUUCUCGACAGCACGAUUCAAUUGCACAGGGGCCGAUGUAUCGAACAGGAACGACAGAUUCUGGUAUAUGAAACAAGGGACACCCAGAUUACUACCCACCGUGGAGAACGUCAUGAGAGAACUAAAGAUCGUGUGCUGCCCGCGGAUGCCCGCGUUCUUGGGGGUCCUUGAAGCUGUUGACCACCUUCUGGAGAUCAACGACAAAACAAGAUGGAAGGCAGAAACUCUGAAAGAACACAUGGCUCGGAUCAUAAAAGAAGCAGAUGCCCUCCUUGAAAUCGAUCGCAAGUUCUAUCAUUCUCAAUACGAGGCCAACUCAAAAGCCAAAGCCAAAGCCGACUACCUCGCAGGUGACUUUCUGAGGUCAACCCCUCGAAUACCAGGUGUUGCCAAUGGACUAGGAACUGGAAUCGAGAAUCCGUCAUUUAGCUUGGAACAGUCGCGAUCUCGACAACCACGACAAGUCUCGCAGGCUGACAGAGCUGCUAAUGCUGUUGUCCAAACAGGAUCGAAGCUUGAUGCAACGCUUACCACCAACAGAGGUCGAAGCACUUCAGGUACCAGUCUGUCACCCAUUCCUCGUUCGCGCCCCGACUCACCUAGAGAUCCUCUCGCGGAGGAUCUGGACGCUAUGGUCAAUGCUCGACCACCGCGUCCAGCCGUCCCACGAAAACCCUCACGCCUGUUUAAUCACGGCGGCCACCGAGCCUUGUACAGUCCUCCCUAA